AUGACGAGUUCUGGUUCUCCUUGUGGAGCCUGCAAGUUCUUGAGAAGAAAAUGCGUUAGAGGUUGCGUUUUCGCGCCUUACUUCUGCCAUGAACAAGGUGCUUCUCACUUUGCAGCCAUUCAUAAGGUCUUCGGUGCAAGCAAUGUAUCUAAGUUGCUUGCUCAUCUUCCUGUGAGCGAUCGUCCCGGCGCUGCAAUCACCAUCUCCUAUGAAGCUCAAGCCCGGCUCAAAGAUCCUAUUUAUGGCUGCGUUUCGCAUAUAUUUUCUCUCCAACAGCAGGUGAUUAAUUUACAAGCACAACUAGCUUUGAUCAAGGAACAAGCAGGAGCUCAAGGUUUUCAGAACGGCUCUUCCAGUACUGCAAACCCUAACGAGAGGUAUAACAAUGGAAGACAAUAUCAGCAAGUAGAAGAUCUCCAGAAUUGGUUUCAAUCAGAAAACUCAAACAUGGUGCCACAAUAUAGUCCGAACCUGACGAACGAAGCCUCGAUGAUGCCACCAUACUUUGAGAGUAAGCCAAUGUGUUCUAACUCUUCUGGAAGUUGCGAGAAUAUUUCGAUCUUUGCAGAAGAUCAAAAUGGCUUGUACGGAAAGUACGACGAGGCUUAUCACUUCAUGUCUUCAUUGGACAACUUGCAAACAGUCAACAGGCAAAUGGGUUUUCAGGAGUACCCCGACGAACUUCAGUCAAUGCCUUUUAGCUAUACCCGGCAUUCAUGA